CGACGACACCACACGCCCAGUCGACGAUUCAAAAUGGUGAAAUUUCUCAAGACAGGACGGGUUGCGAUCGUCACCCGAGGUCGCCAUGCCGGAAAGAAGGUCGUCAUCAUCCAGACCCUCGACUCUGGCUCAAAGGCGCACCCUUUCCCCCAUGCGCUCGUCGCAGGCAUCGAGAGAUACCCAUCCAGCGUUACCCGUAGAAUGAGCAAGUCCCGACAGGAGAAGCGAAGCAAGGUCAAGCCAUUCGUCAAGCAGGUCAACUACAACCACCUCAUGCCUACGCGAUACACUCUCGAACUCGAGUCGCUGAAGGGCGUUCUCUCCACAGAUACCUUCAAGGAAGUCAGCCAGCGCGAGGAGGCCAAGAAGUCGGUGAAGAAGGCGCUGGAGGAGCGGUACUCGAGCGGCAAGAACAGGUGGUUCUUCCAGCCUCUGCGUUUCUGAGUGUGUCUCUUUAUGUCACGGAUGGAUGGCAGCGAAAGCGGGAAUUCUGGGAAUGGGAGUGGGAUCGAUAGGCUGUCCUGACGGCAACUCGCCAUAGCCUUUACCUCAUCUUGCCAGUUGAACAAAACGGCGUCAUUGCAUGAAUUCGAUGAGAAUCUCUGACUGUUUGUAUGCUGCCUUUUUGGUUAUGGUGCACUGCGCUGUCAUGUGUUCACUAUUUCGCCGAUUUCUCCCCUCCUUCAUUUGAUGUUCAGACACAUACUCCGCCCUUUCGAGUGCUGGAGGUUGGCAUCGGAUCCGUAAUCUUCACUACUUUCUUCAGCUGCAGACGU